AUGUCAGAAUCAUUCGCCAUCUUCCGCCAACGCCGCUCCGACGAGCUAGCGAAACUCGCCGACGAGCACCUCCAACACGACCUCCAAUCCGGAGACCGUGACAAGCUUAACGCAGCCGCAUCUUCAAUUUCCUUGUGGACAACAGUUGGCUCCGCAGUCGGUGUGAGUCUCGGGCUUCUAGCUGCCAUCCGACUACGCGGUUCGCGCAAGGCGUUCUUCUCUGCUAUUCGUGCGCAACAUAAACCUACGAAGGUUGUUUUUGAAGAUGGAAGGACUGAGGAUCUUCCUGACCUCACGCCGCUGUUAAAGCCCACUACUUUGGGUGACGUCGCGACUUAUUUCUUUGCCUCAGUUGGUGGGUUGCUUCUGGGUGGAGAGCUUGGCUUUGCUGGCGGUGCGGCGAAAGGAACGAGGACUAUCACAUCGGACCCCGAGAGCAAAAAGAGAAUCGAAACAGCUUUCAGAAAAUUCCGGGCGGAUGUCCUGCGGAAACAGGCUGAUGCCUUGGAUAAGGGGAUACAGGAAUACGUUUUGAUCUAA